ACUGCACCACAAUCAAACGGUUCUACAGUGAUUUGCGAAAAUGGUUCAAGUGUCUUCAAGUGCGUCAAUUCUUCUGGUGUUUCUGUGCUGCUGCACUCAUAAAUCUGCAGUCAUGGGCCAAUACGACGCAGCUACGACCCCAGAAAUCAGUCCUCGUCUUCAGCUGGACGACGCUCCAUCCACUGCCGAUGGACCGCAACCGGAGGUCAUUGACGUGAAGAAUCUGCCCCCAUUUCCGAUCCUUCGCAACACUCUGCUGGACUCCGACAACGAAGUGGAGUCCUUCAACGGGUAUCACUACGAUAGGCCGGAUAUUCCCUUCGAGGACACCAACGUAAAGCCCGUGGAAGUGCAAGGAUACAGCUAUCCCAGGCCAUCGAAUCCACUCACGCUGCCAGAACGUCCGCUGACCAGUAACAACGUCCAGGACGUGCAGGAAGACGUGUCCCGCAAUGUGGUGCCGGAAACCGAUGAAAGAGGACCUCCAGUCAUUGACCUGCCCGAAGAUGCUAUCCGGAUUCUCGAUGACGAUGUCGUUGCAGUCGAAGACGAGCCCCAAGAUGCUCCCGCACCUACAGACGUGACCCAAUAGACGCGCUGUGUGUUCAUCAGAAUAUUUUCGUUCUUCCAUCAUUGACGCGAUGUGUACAUAAAUGUGACUUCAAUGGUAAUAUUUACUAUGCAAAUACAUUU